AUGGCGGUGUAUCCUGAUAUCAAUGUUUACAGGAUUCGGGAAAUCAACUCUGACAAAGUGAGGGUAGUCCAUAGAAAUCUUUUGUUAUCUGUGGACUUCCUGCCAGUUGAUGAACAUCAGGAAUCAGAUCAAAAUGAUGACGUGAAUGUUGAAAUUGAUCUCCAGGAAAACAAAGUUGAUCGUGAUGACAGAACUGCAAACUGGAUAUUAAGUAACACUGAUGGUUUUGAUGAGGGGGAUGAAUGUACGAACUGUACAGAUUUACCUGACAUGUCAGAUUGUGUGUCAGAGAGACUAGACUCGGCAAGCACUGAUACUGGGAACCGGCAGGACAGAACUGAUGCCAAAGUGACAAGUGAUGUGAAUGUGACAAGUGAUGUUGAUCUGCCUGACGUAGGAGGUCAAGACUCUAACUCAACUCAAGUCAAGGAUGAGGAGUCUGUGGUUUGCACACAACCAAGGCAGCAGCUGUCUGUGGGUCUGGUCUCAGAGUAUCGUGGAGGGAUGAAGAUGCUGGAUGUGAAGGUCCUGGGCUGGGUGGUGGUUACAUGUGGUCUGCGGUCUAUCAGCUGUGAUUCACUUGGAGUAAAAAGUUGGUCACCUCUGUUCUCAGCGCUCAGAUCAGAAACCUCCAAUCUGAGAGAACUUCAUCUGACUGUGAAAACACUGGAUCUGUCUGAGUAUAAACUAGGAGACUCAGAAGUGAAGAGUCUCUGUGCUGUACUGGAGAAUCCUCACUGUAAAGUGGAGACACUGGAUGUACAAGUGGAAAUCUUUAUUUGUGGUUUCUGUCAUAAUUAUUUAUUUAAUAAAUCUGACAAUAUUUUAGUUAUUGUAAUAAAGGGUUUUAUAUGUGUUGAUGAAGAGUGUGUUAUUGUGUCUCUAUACAGGUUGUAUGAUUGUGGUGUCUCAGAUGAAGGCUGUGCUGCUCUGACUUCAGCUCUGAGAUCAAACCCCUCACACCUGAGACACCUGGAUCUGUCUGAGAAUAAACUAGGAGACUCAGGAGUGAAGAUUCUCUCUGCUGUACUGGAGAAUCCUCACUGUAAACUGGAGACACUGGAGUUGUGUGUGUGUGGUGUCUCAGAUGAAGGCUGUGCUGCUCUGACUUCAGCUCUGAGAUCAAACCCCUCACACCUGAGAGAACUGGAUCUGUCCUGUAAUAAACUAGGAGACUCAGGAGUGAAGAGUCUCUCUGCUGUACUGGAGAAUCCUCACUGUAAACUGGAGACACUGAAGUUGCGUAUGUGUGGUGUCUCAGAUGAAGGCUGUGCUGCUCUGACUUCAGCUCUGAGAUCAAACCCCUCACACCUGAGAUACCUGGAUCUGUCCUAUAAUAAACUAGGAGACUCAGGAGUGAAGAGUCUCUCUGCUGUACUGGAGAAUCCUCACUGUAAACUGGAGACACUGAGGUUGUAUGAUUGUGGUGUCUCAGAUGAAGGCUGUGCUGCUCUGACUUCAGCUCUGAGAUCAAACCCCUCACACCUGAGACACCUGAAUCUGUCUGAUAAUAAACUAGGAGACUCAGUAAAGAAGCUGCUGUCUGAUCUUAAGGAUGAUGAACAUUACAAACUACAGACAGUGGAGUGAGUAAUGACCUGUUAAUAAAAGUUUACCCUCAUUAUCAUUACACAUUGAUACACAUCACAUUUCUCUUCAAUAACUUUCACAUUAUCAGGUUAGAAAAUGUCACUAUAUUCUGUUUAAUCAGGAUUUUUCUAACGAUUCUCUUUAAUGCUGUUUUGUGUUCAGUAAAGUGUGUUGAUGUAAAAUUCAUGUGAAGGCAGAAAACAGGGAUUCAGACAGUCUACAAAAAGUCACCAAUGAGUUGAUGAGAGUGAUUGUUAAUGAACAUUGUGUCUUCUGUCAUUCCUGUAAAAUUCACCUGAGUUUGUUCUUAAAGUCUGCACUUAAAUAUAAAUGUAGAACAAGAUCUAAAUGACACAGUAGUGUUUGUUAUAUAAAAAAGCUCCUGUGAUUGGAUAAGAGCAGUGAUGUGAUGGGUAAAGAUCUGCUCAUUAUCCUGUUAGAACUUGUGGAAGUUCUCAUUUGUUCUAGUUAAAUGUUAGAACACAGAUGUUAGUAAGAAUGAAGAAAUGUUGAAUGAUUCAUUAUAAACAGGAGAUGAUGAUGUUUCUGUUGGAGCAGAGAUGAUUACAUGCUGUUGGUCAUGAAGUACCACAGUCCACUUUGUGCUGAUUAAUUCACAUCUUUUUCUUUCAUAUUCAGCUUCUAAUGAAUAUCUGUGUGUGAUGAAGACUCCAGUGUUCCUGCAUUACCAUGAUGGAGAAUAGAGAACAUGUUUAUUAACACAUCACUCAUUUAGUUCUAACACAUUAAACACACACAGAGACGUGAGAAGUGUGUGUUCAUCGUGUACAGUGAAUCAGACUAAACACAAUUCUACACUGAGUUUAUAAUGACCUCUGAUCCCUGGAUAAAAUUCCCUGGACCUCAAUCCCAUAAAAACCUGAGGGAUUAUUUGUAACAGCAGGUGAAAAUCCACAUGAACUCGAGCUGAACCCUGUUCAUUUUACUGUUUGUGUCAUUUAUUAUGUGUUUAUUAUUGUGAUAUAAUUUACACUUUUUACACAUGUACACUUAUAGCUAUAUUACUGGGUACAUAACUAACAUUAUAUUGUAUAAAGGCACUUAAAAUGUCUUGUAGAAAUACAUCAUACAUUUAGAAGGAAUGAAUUACAUCAUAUUAUAAAGGAUGAAUUUAAAUAAUAAAAUAAUAAAACUUCAUUUCUUUCCCUCACUGAUUAUGAUAUAAACUAUAGAGUUAAUGUGCUUCUUUUCUCUCAUUCUAUUUUCAGUGUAAGUUUUGCUCGUGUCUUGUCGUCUAUAUCCAGCUCUGUGAACUUUUAUUAAAAAAUACAAUAAAAAUAUAUUUUUAACUAUAUUUUAUUCACAACGUGCUUCUAAUGAACGUUCUGUUAUUUUGUUUAUACCUGAAUACUGAAUAAACAAUUAUUAACACA